UUGUGGGGUUAAAUUUGCUGGGGAUUGCUGGUCCUCUUCGCGGCAAAGGAAGAGGGAGCUACUUUGGGGGAGACAGCGGAAAGCACGAAAUUACUUGGUUGGUGUUUGCGGCUGAGUUCACCUGGCGGCAACUUGGUUGGAGAUUGAUCAUACAGCUGGCAUCUCAAUAAGAUUUAGGGAUGGAUAGAAGUUUCGCUAAGGAGCUUUACUCGGAAAGCUUGGAUCUUGCUACUGCCCAAUUGGCUGAUCUAGCCACACCCGGCUGCGACUUGCAGGAUGAUAAUGAUGAUGGAUCUCUGUGGGGUGGUUCAGAAGAUGGAUUGGAUAAACCUUCUGAUUUGGAUAGGGAGUGGCAGAAGAGACGCAACGAGUUUCAUGCAAUUGGAUAUCGUGAUGGCCUGAUUGCAGGGAAAGAAACUAUCGCUCAAGAGGGAUUCAACAUUGGGUUUAAGCAGUCAGUGAUUGCAGGAUACAACUGGGGCACCGUUAGGGGCGUUACUAGUGCGCUUUCUUCCUUGCCGGAUGGUUUGAAGGAAAAAUUGGUUCAACCAGAGGAAAAGAGAAAGAAAUUUCACGAAUUGUAUGAGUCAGUGAAUUCUAUUACAACGACCAAUGCUCUCCAGCUAUUUCAUGAAGAUGUACUAGCAGAGGAGGCGGCAGGGAAGAAGAUAAAACAGAGCGAAGAAGGUGCAGAGCCGCAAAAGGGAAGCUCCAGCCAUCUAGGAAUUUAUGUUGAAGAGCUUCAGUCCCUUCUUUGCGAUUAUCCAGCAAUUCAGUCAAAUUCUUUGGCAAGGUAGAGAAUGGGAACAUAUGCUAACAAGUAGCAUAUCAUGAACAAACUUUUAUACCGUUAAUAGUAGAGAAUGGUUUGGACUUCGCUACUUUUUUUUUAUGAUCUUGUCGAUGUCCAUUAAGUAUAGGCUGAGGCACUAACUCAUGGGUAGUGAUGGCAAUUUCAACCCGCCCCGCGGGUAUUACCCGACCUGAUUUGCGAUGGGGCGGGUAUUAACCAACCCACAGUAGCGUGGGGUGGGGCGGUGCAUGGGUAUCUACUUCCAAUCCGCCCUGCCCCGCCCCGUUCUAGACUCAUUUUAUCUCAAUUUCUUACAAUAUCUAUACAUAUGUCUCCUAUUUUGACUUUUCUUCAACUAGUUAGAGUCGAUCUUUCAACUUGUUAGGCUCAAUUAUCCAUUCUAUUAUCAAUAUUUUUCAUUCUUAAAAUGUUUUCCCCUACAUUUUAUUGUAAAAAGUAAAAUUUACUUGUAUUU